GAAAUAUUUAAAAAUAAUUAUUAAAAUUAAACACAAAUCAUAAAAAAUUAAUUAACCUCAUAAAAACACAUAAUGAACGGACACGGGAUAAACAAUCUUUACUAUUGUUUGGUGAUUUUCACGUUCUUUUGCCUGAACAUAUUGCAAACUAACGCUGGAAUUUCGGCUCUAUUGAGAGACACGGGAGUGAUUCCGGCAGUACCGAUUGCAGAUUUGAAAGAGACAGCGACAGACGGACCACAACUGGCUAGAAUUUUCUACUCGGCAGUGGGCAACUUUGUCGAAGCCGUUCCCAUUUUCCCGAUCACGUUCAACGUACCCGACAUUGUGACCGCUUUCGGUGGAUUGCUGUCGGGCAUGUACAAUUACAUUACCGGGAAUGACAGCGAAGGAGGGUCACAACCCAAAGACGUCUUCGGAGCCAUGCUCAACAUCUAUAGGCACAUCGCCGUACAAGAAGACAUUCACGAUUUUGAGUUCAUGACGUAAAACACUAGCAUAAUAAAGACAAUAUACUUGCCCAACAUGAAUUAAUAUCGAGAAGAGCAGGAGGAGAGUUAAAGUCGUCGUCGUCGUCGUCAUCGUCGCCGCCGCCGUCAUUUUUUCGUUUUCUUUUUUCUUUUAAGCGCGUCAUAGUAUUACAAUAUUGUCUUACAAAACGCGCAUUAAUAUUUAAAUUAAGUGAAAUUUAUUCUGUUGAUUAAUUCGACACAUCUUCGAACAACUUUAGACACAUUGUACACCAACAUAAUAUAUUUUGGGUAUAAUACUGCCCACCGUGUUAUGUACCUAUAUAUAUUUAGAGAUAAAUUUAGUAUUAACAUUUUACUCUCACCAUGAAAUCGAGUAGGUGCGAAACUUGCCUACUUACUACUUAGUACUUACAUUUAAAACUAGAUUUCUUAUAACUACGUUGUUAGCAUAUCAUAUUAUAUUUCAAUUCUGAUUAGCCUAUAGUAUUAUCCCGUUUGAUAUUUUUAUCGUAGGUACUUUCUCGUUGUUAAGAUUUAUAUUUUUAGAUCCAUUUUUUAAUUAUUUAUUAUUAUUAACGGUAGGUGUUUCUACACUGAGUAUACGAGUACCGACGUCUACCGACUGUCAUACUAGUCGACAUGAACGAUAAUAAAGAUAAACUAUAUUUAAAACAACAUAAUUU